GACUCUAGAAAAUGAAGCUAAAGGAACUUGAGCGAACAGCUGUCCAAGCAUGGAGUCCAGCAAACAACCACCCCAUUUAUCUAGCAACAGGAACAUCUGCCCAACAGCUGGAUGCAUCCUUCAGUACAAAUGCCACCUUGGAAAUAUUCGAGGUUGACUUCAGGGAUCCCUCCCUGGACAUGAAGCAGAAAGGAUCACUUCCUGCCUCAAACAGGUUUCAUAAGCUGAUCUGGGGUAACUUUGGAAAUGGGUCCCCAGAGCCCUCUGGAGUGAUCAUUGGUGGAGGCGACAAUGGUGUGUUGACAAUGUACAGUGUGCACCAUAUCUUGGCUUCAAAGGCAGAGCCUGUAAUUGGGCAUACAGAGAAGCAUUCAGGUCCUGUUCGAGCUCUUGACUUCAACCCCUUCCAGAGUAACCUCUUGGCUUCUGGAGCCAAUGAUUCAGAAAUUUUCAUCUGGGACUUGAAUAACUUCAGUGUGCCUAUGACUCCAGGGUCUAAAUCACAGCCUCAUGAAGACAUCAGUGUGGUGUCCUGGAAUCGGCAGGUGCAGCAUAUCCUGUCCUCUGCUCACCCCAGUGGCAAGGCUGUGGUUUGGGACCUGAGGAAGAAUGAACCUAUCAUCAAAGUCAGCGACCACAGCAACAGAAUGCAUUGCUCAGGAAUGGCCUGGCAUCCAGAAGUUGCAACCCAGCUGGUCCUUUCCUCUGAGGAUGACCGCUUGCCAGUGAUCCAAAUAUGGGACUUGCGUUUUGCUACCUCUCCUUUGAGCCAGCUGGAAGGACACACAAGGGGAGUUCUUUCUGUUUCUUGGUGCCAGGCUGACCCUGAACUGCUGUUGAGUAGUGCCAAAGACAACCGGAUCUUGUGCUGGAACCCAAGUGUGGGGGAGGCGGUUUACGAGCUGCCCAUCCGGAGUCAGUGGUGCUUUGAUGUCCAGUGGUGUCCCAGGAAUCCUUCAGUCUUCUCUGCUGCGACUUUCGAUGGCUGGAUCAACGUUUAUUCUGUUAUGGGGGGGAACUUAGAAGCUCAGCAGAAGACUCAGGCUGACAAGAUCUCUUCCUCCUUUAACAAUCUGGAUCCCUUUGGCACAGGACAGAUGCUUCCUCCUCUGCAGGUUCCUGAGCAGGUAGCUCAGACCACCUUGAUUCCACCAUUAAAAAAGCCACCCAAGUGGAUUCGCAGACCUGUGGGAGUUUCAUUUGCAUUUGGAGGAAAACUUAUUUCCUUUGGUCUUACCAAAGCUCCUGGACAGCAAAUGCAGAAGACUUACCCACAGCAGGUAUUCAUCAGUCAAGUCACCACUGAAACUGAAUUCCUGCUCCGAUCCAGAGAGCUGCAGAUGGCCUUGCAGUCAGGGAACCUCCUUGAUUACUGCCAGGGCAAGAUCCAGACAGCCAAGUUGCCAUUUGAUGAGAACCUUUGGAACUUCUUGAAGGUGAAUCUGGAGCAGGAUUCCAGGACUAAACUCCUCAAGCUGCUGGGCUACAGUAAAGAAGAUCUGCAGAAAAAGAUCACCUCACACCUGAGCAAUGGGGUCCCAGAUAAGCAGCCCCUUCCUGAGGCAGAUGAGACACAAGGAGCACAGCCAGAUCAGCUUUUAAUAAAUUCCAGUGAUGAUGUAGCUGCUGUUUCCUCCUCUUCAGCGUUUUUUGACAACCUCAUCCCACAGAAUAUGAGCACAUUGGAGAUUCCUGUCACAGAAGAUACAGAUGGACUCAUCAGCCAAGCCCUUUUGUUGGGGAAUUUUGAGGGUGCAGUGGAGCUGUGCAUGCGGGCAGAGCGCUUUGCUGACGCCAUCAUCUUAGCUAUAGCUGGUGGGGAGAACCUCCUAAAGGAGACUCAGAAACGCUAUUUUGCCAAGCGUGAGACAAAACUCUCCCUGCUGCUUUCCUCCAUUGUGCAGCAGAACUGGCAAGAUGUUGUUGGCACGUGUGAUCUGCAGAGCUGGAAGGAGGCACUGGCCGUCCUCUUAACAUACUCAAAGCAUGAGGACUAUACCCAGCUCUGUGACAUGCUGGGUGCCCGCCUAGAGUCAGAGGGAGAUGCAGCUCUGUGCAAUGAUGCCUGCCUCUGCUAUAUCUCAUCAGGCAAUGUGGAGAGGUUGGUGGAAUGCUGGGUGAAAAACCAUGAGACUUCAUCACCCCUUGCCUUGCAGGAUCUCAUAGAGAAGGUGAUGGUGCUGAGCAGGUCCAUUGAGAUGCUCCGAGGCACAGCAGGACAGGGGCCAGGCCCUGUCUUGGCAGAACGCAUCACCCAAUAUGCCAAUCUCCUGGCAUCACAAGGAUGCUUGUCAGCUGCAAUGAAUUACCUACCCAGCAACUCGAAAGAGCUCCUGAUCCAACAGCUUCGAGACCGGCUUUUCCAUGCUCAAGGAGAGAAUGUGUGUGGUCAGCAGCCACCCCCUUUUCCCUACCCUCGUGUCAAUGUAGGAGUCAUUAAACACACGUCUCCAGCAGCCAAGGGUGGUUCCACCUCUGAAGGAGCAGCCCACAAAACAGGUCCCAAACCUUCAGAGAAGCCCAACUGUCAAUCACCAUUUGCCCCUUCAGCACCUUCUCAGCCUUCAGUGCCUUCCCUCUUCACGCCCCAGCCAGUGCCAGCAAUGACACCUUACCAUGUUGCUCCUUCCCAAGGCAGCCCAAGUCCACAAACUGUUGUCUAUUCCAGAGAGCCUCCAUACCCACAGUACAACCUGGGCUUGGUUCCAGCAACUGCUUCAGGGCCAGCUGUGUCACAGCCUCAGCCAUUUGGACCUGUAGGAGUCAGACCUGUUGGUCCUGCUCCCUUCUCCAGCCAGCCUUCUCUGCCAGGACGGUCCAUACCCAUGACAUCUCCUGGUGUUCUACCACCUGGACCUGCCCUCUUCACUCCGGCCUCAUUUCCAUCAUCUCAGCCUCCUGCAGCUUGUCCUCUCCCUGUGGCAACCCAAUCUCCUCUAGGUUUGUCUUCAGCACCUUUCAACUGCCCCAUGAACAUGGGUUACCCUCAGGGAGGUCCUGGAGCUCCAUCUGCUAAGCCCAUGCCAGCAGCCAGCAUUCCUCCUCCUCCCACAGCUCAGGAAUCUUGGAAUGAUCCCUCUGUUGUAAGAGGAGGCCUUCAAAAGAAAAAGUUGCCUGAGCAAUUUACUCCUCCAGCCCCCAUCACAGCUCCAGUAAUGAGUCUGCCAGCUGAGCCCCAAGUGAUCCAUCCUCAGCUGUCCAGGUUGCAAGAAUCUGCCCAGUCGCCCCCAGGAGCACCCAAAGAAGGCAGCCUGCAGUAUCACCAGCUGCCUGUGGAGAAGGUUGAGAGGAAGGAGGUGCCUCCUGAGCACCAGGCUCUGAAGGCCACAUUUGAAGGGUUGGUGCAACGCUGCUCUGCUGUCGCCACUGAUCCAAAAACUCGGAGGAAGCUGGAAGAUGCGUUGCAGCGGCUGGAGUCUCUGUACGAGAAGCUCCGUGAGCAGGCGCUCUCUCCAAGCAUCCUCAUGGGUCUCCAUGAAAUUGCCCGCUGCAUUGAGGCUAGGAACUACCAGCAGGGCCUCCUGGUUCACACCCAAGUGGUGAGCAGCAGCAGUUUCAGUGAGGUGUCUGGUUUCAUGCCUAUCCUGAAAGUCCUCAUGACCAUUGCUGGCAAGCUGAAUGUGUAAAGUGUGGAGCAGCUGGAACAGUGCACACUGAGAGCUGGUGGACUCCCUCACCUUGUUGAUGUGCUGCAGGUUGUGGACUCUCCUUUCUGACUCUGGAGAAACAAGGCUGUGCCAGUGCCUGGAACCAUGCUAGGCCAGCACACCUGGCCCCAUCCACUUUUUGGACAGCCCACUGGUGCCUGGGACUCCUGGAGAGUGGUCUUUCUUCUUUCUUACUAGUCUGAGGCUGCUUCCCAGCCCAGGGAUCUCAACUGCAGGCUGUCAAGGUGGCACAGAGAACCUCCCUCUUCCCUGUAUCCCUGGUACAGAGGGGGAGCUCCUUCCCUCUCAUGCUGAUAGUGCUUUUUUUUUUAUUUUAGGAGACAAACAGGGUAGGAACCUGCAG